AUGAGUGGUCAGGGCUCGGGUGGCGAGGGCCAAUCCGGGACGCAACUAAGAGCUGAUCAGGACAUCCCUCAGCCUCGAGAUGUGAAUCGGGAAGCCGAGGGGUUACAUGAGCCGAUCUCCUUCAAACGGAAACAAAAACAACGAUCACGGUUCAGUCUGUCUAGCCUGCUCUCCCCUCCCGUUGGCGGAUCGGAUACUGGCUUUGGCUCUCCGGCGCCGCAGGGUGGUCAGAACGGAGAUGCGUCGCCUCUCGAUCCUCACGCGCCGAUAGGGUUCAAUAGUGGUGUCAGCGCAUCGAAAGAUGGUGCGCCGUUGGACUGGUACGUGGAGGGCCCAGGACGACGUGUGGGUUACGACGACUUCACCGCUAUCGAUUGGAUCUACGAGUAUACCAAGGAGCGGCAAAGGAAGAGGCUUCUUUACUCGAGUGGACAGGGUAUACUGGGGCAUGCUCGUCGACUCCUUGAUGCAAGCAAUGUCUGGUUAGUGUUGAUCGCGACAGGCAUUGCUGUAGGAAUAAUCGCUGCUUCUAUUGAUAUUGCAACGGAUUGGCUGGGUGACCUCAAGUCCGGAUAUUGCAAAAAUGGAAGUGGAGGUGGCAAGUUUUACCUAAAUAAGAGCUUUUGCUGCUGGGGCCUCGACGAUUACUCUAAGUGUCUGGACUGGACACCUUGGGGGAAUGCAUUAGGAGCGAACUCCAGUGGAGGAACAUAUACGGUUGGAUACAUCUUCUAUGUUGUAUUUUCGGUUUUCUUUGCUGCAUGUGCUUGCUUCCUGGUGCGAAAUUAUGCUGUUUAUGCUCGACACAGUGGUAUUCCCGAGAUCAAAACAAUCCUCGGUGGAACUGUCAUCCGACAUUUCAUGGGGCCAUGGACGCUUGCCAUCAAAUCACUGGGGCUGUGUCUUUCUGUCGCAUCUGGUCUAUGGCUAGGCAAAGAAGGCCCGCUUGUGCAUGUUGCAUGCUGCUGCGCGAAUAUAUUGAUGAAACCUUUCGAAAGCCUGAACGGCAAUGAAGCACGCAAACGAGAGGUCCUUUCUGCGGCUGCCGCAGCAGGUAUCUCGGUCGCAUUCGGGGCACCCAUCGGAGCAACUUUCAUAUUAUUUCCCGACAAGACCAUGUGGCAAAGCUUUGUCUGUGCUAUGGUUGCCGCUGUUACUUUGCAAGCCUUGAACCCAUUCCGGACAGGUAAAAUUGUGCUGUAUCAGGUCACCUACACUCGAGGCUGGCACCGUUUCGAGAUUAUCCCAUUCAUUAUUCUUGGCAUCAUAGGCGGUCUCUACGGUGCAUUCCUCAUCCGCGUGAAUACGAGAAUCACCAAGUGGAGGCGAGCUCGAACUUCUUCUCGGCCAAUCCUCGAAGUGGUCGUUGUGGCUCUCAUUACAGCUUUGGUCAACUAUCCAAAUCACUUCAUGCGGGCUCAGAACUCGGAGCUUGUUCAGUCGCUGUUCGCUGAGUGCAACAGUGUGACAUAUGAUCGAUUUGGUCUCUGCGCAACAGGAUCUGCCUCAAUCGGCGUGGCAAUCUACCUGGUCAUAGCUGCUUUAUUUGCCUUUUUCUUGGCUUCGUUGACAUUUGGUCUUGAGAUUCCUGCUGGUAUUAUCCUUCCUUCGGUCGCUAUCGGUGCUCUUUACGGGCGUGCUCUAGGCAUCAUACAAUGCGAGCCAGACAUUCCAUGUGUCACGCCUGGCUUAUAUGCAAUUAUUGGGGCUGCUGCUGCUCUUGGUGGCGCAACUCGAAUGACUUUGUCAAUUGUCGUUAUCAUGUUUGAAUUGACUGGCGCGUUGACUUAUGUGAUCCCCAUUAUGAUUGCCGUGAUGUUGUCCAAGUGGUGUGGUGACAUCUUUGGAAAGCGAGGUAUCUACGAGUCAUGGAUUCGACUAAACGAGUAUCCUUUUCUCGAUCAUCGCGACGACACCACUCCGCCAGAUGUAUCUGCCCGCCGGGUCAUGACAACCGUGGACGAUAUCAGCGUCAUUACUGCUACCGGUCAUACUAUUGCUUCGAUUCGCAACCUCUUAGCUAACUCUACAUAUCGUGGGUUUCCCAUAGUCUCAGACACAUCAAGUCCCAUCCUGCUAGGCUACAUCACUCGCAAUGAGCUUUCUUUUGCUCUGAAGUACUCGACCUCUGGUACCCCCCGCAACCUCUCCGACGAGACACAGGUCUUCUUUUCGCAUCAGCCUUUUGCGGACCCUAUUGAUACCCUUGAUCUACGACCUUGGAUGGACCAGACACCUAUGACGUUGAACAGUAACAUCACUUUCUUGAUUGUUUUGCGAAUGUUCCAGCGACUUGGCUUGCGUUAUGUGCUAUUUGCCAACAAGGGCAUUCUACAAGGACUACUGACCAAGAAAGAUGUCUGGUCAGUGCUGAAUGGCGUGGAAUUUCGCCGAGAAGAAUCCCUUCGAGACGAACAAUUCCGGGAUUUCGAGAAUCGUAAUGAGGCUGAAGAGGUUGGUUUGCUUGAUGGGAAUGAUACGUCCAGCCUCGGUAGCUAUUGGAAUAGAACUGUGGCUGUCCCCACCGCCCUUUCCAACCCCACAUCUUUCUGUCAAUUUUUAAAACUGACCGCCCUUAUGUUUACGGCUACCGAUCUUUCUACCCUUGAGAAAACCAGAAAACCGGAAGAUAAAAUGAUGAUCGAUCCUUUUGAGGUGCGCAUGCGCUUCACUACACAGCUGCAGCACCUCAGCGCUGCUGUCACAUCCUCACAAAAGGCCGCCCAUUAUGCACUAAAGUACCGUGACCUCGAUGAGGAUCUCCACUCAUGCAUCCUAGAGCAGCUUGAGAGGAACAACAUGAACAAUCGUGCGAACAUCAUGUACUUUAUCGAACACCUCUGCGAAAUGGCCAUCAAGGAAAACUACCUCCCAUACGUCCGCAUGAUGCAGCGAGACAUUCUGCGCGUGGUGGACUCGGUAGUCCCUUCCGAUGGCACCGGUGCAGCCAAUGUCAAACACGUCCGCCACGUGCUGAACGGUCUCCGGGCGAAGGAAGUCCUCAGUGUUGAAACCGUGGCCGAGAUUGAUGCCGCUUUGAAAGACCGAGAUUCCCACCCCUCCCACCUAGAUCUCGAACAGGAGGAAGGCGCCGAGGGAGGCAGCAAGUCGAAGUCUGAUAAGCCCCAACUACGCCUUGACAAGAAGCAGAUCGAGCAGCGCAUCGAGGAGGACCGUGAGCGCAACAAGCGCCAGCGCGAGAGCAUGUGGGCCAUGACUGGCAGCGAUCGAGACGAAUAUAAUCAGAUGUGGGAAGAGCUCAGCCCCACUGGGGAGGAUGACUUUAUCAGGUCUCGUGAGGAGGCCCUGGAACGCGCCGAAUGUGUUCGCAAGCAUGAGGAGUUCUAUAAGAACCUAUAUGGUAUCAAGGAGUAA